AUGCCAUGUCUUGAUGGGGAGCUCUACCCCUUGGUUGAUCAUCAUGCUCACACUAUUGAUGAUCUUGAGGAAAGCUUUGACAUCGGCGAUGCCACUUCCUCUCCUUUGCGCGAUAGCUUGCUCACCGAGCCCGUGUCCCCUCUUGUUGUGACUGGCGAAAGUGAUGUCCCCGAUGGUUCCGCCGGCGAUCUUACUGCUCCUCCCUCACUUCACUCGCCGGUUCCCAGCAGCUCCGACCCACGGCCCGCGUCUCCUCCUCCUUGGCGCGACGCGACGAUCGUAUUCGUCGGCCGCCCUCCAAGCUCGACAUUUAUGAUGUUGAGCUCUCGGGUUCCUCCGCUUCGACAUCAGCUACGUUUUCCAUCUCCAACCAUGUCUCUUAUCAUCGCUUUUCUUACUCUCACCGUGCUUUUUUGA